AUGUCUUUGCCAAAUCCUUUAGUCGAACACAAGGCGUUCUUUGUCGAGAAAGUCGGAGAAUUCAAACCGGCAGAAGGGAAGAAGAAUGGAAACGAGAGCGAGGCUUCCUCUGACACGACCAUCUCAGCUAGGAUACGCCCAAUCCUACACCAUGAGUGGGAAGCUGGCCAUGUCCCUGGUCUGUUCACUCGCGGCGAUGGAGGUGGCAACGUCGAUGUACACGAGCUUCGACUCAAGGUCAACGGACAGCCCGCUUUGAAUUCGUCUAGCUUCCUCGUCGACCGAGCAUACGGACCAGAGUGCACAACAAAAUCGAUGUACGACGACUUUGUUGCUCCUUUGGUGCCAUGGGCAUGGGGCGGUGGUAUUGGAACGUUCUUUGCAUAUGGUCAAACUGGGUCUGGCAAGACAUACACCGUGAACGAAAUGGAAACUUUUAUCGCUUCGGACUUAUUGGGUGGAAAUAUCCCUGGGCGGCGCAGCAUUCAUAUGUCUGUGUUUGAGCUGGCAGGAAAGGCUGCAUUUGCAUCGGAUCAGCGUCAUGGAAGAUUCAUUUGGAGAAACCCAAUUGGUGGGUAUAGUCGAACGCUCCCAUCGACGAUCGAGGAUUUCCUCGACCUGAUCAAGACAAGCAUGUCGUUCCGGCUUAGUGCCCCAACUUUGAAAAAUGAUGCCUCUUCGCGUUCACACGCCAUCUGCCGAAUCAGAAUCGAGAACAAAGAUGACCUUGAUUGCCCUGAUGGUCUCCUCUUUCUUAUCGAUCUAGCAGGUAGUGAGACAGCGGCUGAUUCCAGGGACCACACUCCAGAGCGCAUGAAGGAAACUAGGGAUAUCAACUCAUCCCUAUCAAUGCUCAAGGACUGCAUUCGAGGGCGAGCUACUUGGAACAUUCAAGAGAAUACGGCUUCCAGCACUAGCUCCAAACAUGUGCAUAUCCCGUUUCGCAAUACUACACUCACCAAGGUGCUGAAACACGUGUUUGACGUCAACAGCCAUCGUUCCUGCAAGACUGCCGUCGUUGCAUGCGUUAGUCCCAGCGCUAUCGACGCAAGUCAGGGGAAGAGCUCCCUUCGAUAUGCAGAGAUGCUCAGGGUCCAGUCCGGCUCGCCUGCUGUAGAUCCCUCGCAUGUUGCGCCUACUGAGUCCGGUGUCCAAAUAUGCAAGCUGCCCAAAAGCGAAUUUGUCUCCCGAUGCCUAAAGACUGCUGGAGUACGGCCCGAGCAGGCCAGAGCCUUUUUCGAUAAGAUAUGGCAGCUCCACGUUGAUUCCCGUUCCUCGAAUACUAAAAACGCCACAACAAACGAGACCAAGAAACCUUCCAUCCCCUUCAAAGAACGCCUCAAGCCUGGAAUGUUUGUGCGCGUUACCCCCCAGUCACCAAACGACCCGAUCCAAUUUCUCAUGCUGCUUGCUCCCGAAGGCGCAUUUGAUCCGACCACGACGAUUGCCAAGCACAAUGGCGACGGGUGUAGUUCUAAAUAUAUCUGUGCAGCAGUGGCCCCAUCAAUUAUGAUAGAUGCAUAUGAAUUGUAUGUGGCCCAGCAAAGAAUUGUAAAGAUCGAGGAUAUGGAGGCGGAGGUUUUGAUGGAAUAUGAUUCCGCCAUGAGGUACUACUUUAUCACCGUUUAA